UUUUUGAUGAUUUGUUCGGAGUGAGCACGCAAUCGAUUUCAAAUCUAACUCAUCAGACCGCGCCCUACAUAGGAACUGUACCUGAAUCAAAAAUAUGAGUUCGCACUUGGUUACCCAUUCAAGUCAUUCCAGGUCCCAAACGAUCCCUACAACGUAACUAUCGUCUUCCAUAAUGACUUCCCAUCUAUAUGGCGAUCAGACUCCUGCGGAUGUCAAAAAUGCUAAGGGUCUUCAUUUGAUCACGCAGAGCACCCCGAAUGGCCAGAAAGUACAGAUCUUUCUUGAGGAACUGGCCGAUGUCUACGGUACAGAAUGGACAACUACUCUUAUUGACAUAUCGACGAACGAACAAAAGAAACCAUGGUUUCUUCGCCUCAAUCCAAAUGGCCGAAUCCCAGUCAUCGUUGACAAUACUCAAUCGCCUCCACAUCCAGUGAUGGAGACUUCUGCUGAACUCCUGUACCUCUUGAAGUUUGACACUGAUCAUCGCUUUGGAUUCAAGGACGAGCUCGAGCAAAGCGAGCUCAUUCAAUGGCUAUUUUUCUGGCAUGGCAGCGGUGCUCCAUACCAAGGAAAUCUCGGUUUCUUCAGACGCGCAAAAGAGCAGAGCACGUUUGCCAUCAAUCGAUUCCGAAAGGAGACGUAUCGAGUAUUUGGCGUUCUCGAACUUCAGCUGUCUGGCAAGUACACCGGCCAACCGAAAGAGUAUCUUGCUGGGAAGGGCGCCGGAAAGUACUCUGUGGCUGACAUUGGGACCUGGGCGUGGGUGAAAAACUGGUCAGCUAGUGGGUACACGGAUGAAGAGUUUAAGGAAUUUCCACAUCUGCUCAAAUGGAUUGAGAGGAUUGCAGGGAGGGCUGCUGUCCAAAGGGGAAUUGGCGAGAAAUACAAGCCAUCCUGAGCUCGCUGUCCUAGUAGGCUGCGGGUUACAUCUAAGCCAAAUUUGAUACUUCGAAAAUUGCCGCAUCACCUCCAAUAGAAAAAUUCCAGAAACUUGCGU